AAUAAUAAUAAUAAUAAUAAUAAUAAUAAUAAUAAUAAUAAUAAUAAUAAUAAUAAUAAUAAUAAUAAUAAUAAUAAUAAUAAUAAUAAUAAUAAUAAUAAUAAUAAUAAUAAUAAUAAUAAUAAUAAUAAUAAUAAUAAUAAUAAUAAUAAUAAUAAUAAUAAUAAUAAUAAUAAUAAUAAUAAUAAUAAUAAUAAUAAUAAUAAUAAUAAUAAUAAUAAUAAUAAUAAUAAUAAUAAUAAUAAUAAUAAUAAUAAUAAUAAUAAUAAUAAUAAUAAUAAUAAUAAUAAUAAUAAUAAUAAUAAUAAUAAUAAUAAUAAUAAUAAUAAUAAUAAUAAUAAUAAUAAUAAUAAUAAUAAUAAUAAUAAUAAUAAUAAUAAUAAUAAUAAUAAUAAUAAUAAUAAUAAUAAUAAUAAUAAUAAUAAUAAUAAUAAUAAUAAUAAUAAUAAUAAUAAUAAUAAUAAUAAUAAUAAUAAUAAUAAUAAUAAUAAUAAUAAUAAUAAUAAUAAUAAUAAUAAUAAUAAUAAUAAUAAUAAUAAUAAUAAUAAUAAUAAUAAUAAUAAUAAUAAUAAUAAUAAUAAUAAUAAUAAUAAUAAUAAUAAUAAUAAUAAUAAUAAUAAUAAUAAUAAUAAUAAUAAUAAUAAUAAUAAUAAUAAUAAUAAUAAUAAUAAUAAUAAUAAUAAUAAUAAUAAUAAUAAUAAUAAUAAUAAUAAUAAUAAUAAUAAUAAUAAUAAUAAUAAUAAUAAUAAUAAUAAUAAUAAUAAUAAUAAUAAUAAUAAUAAUAAUAAUAAUAAUAAUAAUAAUAAUAAUAAU